AUGGACCAGGCAUCAAGCCUCGUUGAUUCUCUUUUGAAUACCAUAUUCCCUGGAUCCAUAUUUAUGGACACAUUUCACGGAGCUCCCCACCUGGGCAUUCUGUCCAAUAUCCUGAUUGUCGGAUGUGCAUUUGUUUAUGUCUGUAUCUGGGUAUAUGAUGGAAUCUGGAAAUUCUGUGCCGUGGAGGUACAAAUUGAACCGCGCAAAUCCCGGUUUACCGGGUGCCUGUCUUGGAGGGUUAGAAGUGAGGAAUGGAGUGGAGAGAACGCGCCUAAGAAGACCGAUGGAGAGGACGCGCCUGAGAAGACAGAGUGGGACUGGAAAACCGUUGGAGCAUUGCGGGAUUAUCGAUUUCGGCCCAACACAUUUUGUUUAUUCCUAUUCGGGCUUUCAAUAUUCCAGUUUCAGCGGAAGGAAAUAAGAUUCGAGUUCUGCUCUGAGGAGCGCUACAGCCUGAGAGUUUUAGGCUGGUCCUGCAAGCCAAUUCAAAGAUUACUCGCAGAAGCCAGGUCAUGUCACAUCUCCAAGAACAAAUCCCACAUUACAAUUUUCAACCCGGGAGGAAAGCCUGUCCGCCAGACUAAGACUCCAUGGCAUCUUGUCAAAGGCACGAGUCGUCGGUCGCUCAAAAGUAUAUCCAUAGAAGAGAAGCGGAAAGACGCAGUUUACGAAGACAUGCGCAGUUUCUUGAACGCUCAGUCAGCGUAUGCAAAAACAGAAAGGCCGUACCGCCGUGGUUACCUAUUCAAUGGACCCCCUGGGACUGGGAAAACCAGCCUUGCGCUUGCUUUGGCGGGUAAAUUCGGUCUGGAUAUUUACACGUUGAGCUUGACGGGUCAAAACAUGACCGACGAUGAACUCCAGUGGCUCUGUAGCCAUCUCCCGCGCCGUUGUGUCCUCCUCAUUGAGGAUAUCGACAGUGCCGGAAUCAACCGCGAGAAAAUGCGAGCCAUACAGGAGCAUGGCACGAGGCAAAACAACCAAGUAUCACUCUCCGGCCUCUUGAACGCGAUCGACGGCGUCUCAUCAUCCGACGGGAGAAUCUUGGUCAUGACCACAAACUGCCGAGAUCAACUUGAUGCGGCUCUUAUCCGCCCGGGACGCGUGGACAUGGAAGUAAAAUUUACACUGGCGUCAAAGGAGCAAAUAAAAUCGAUUUUCCAGCAUAUGUACCCCCACGAACGCGGUACCAAUCUUGCAGACAUGGCUGCUGAGUUCGCCAAUCAAGUUCCCGAUUGCCAGUAUAGCCCGGCGGAUAUCCAGAACUAUCUAUGGAAACAUAGUGAUCCUAAUCAUGCUGUUAUGGAAGCUCAGAAGCAAUUCCCUACGAAGGAGUGA